AUGAUUUCUGGCGCUGACGAUGUCAGUCACAGAACGGAUGAAAGCUCAGCAUGGAGUCAUUGGGGUCUCAAGACGAUGGGCCGAGGUCUUCUUCGCACAAUUCAACAGAUACCUGCGAUAUCCGUCUGGAUUAUCACGCUAGAUGGAAGACUAACUUGCGGCUAUAGAUCCCCUCAUCACCGUUCCACAUGUGCACCGGAUAAUUCUCAUGGCCAAGCCCUUACUUCAUGGACCAUGUCUACGGUUAGCCAAUUGGCUCUUGUCUCCGCUGCGUCUAUCGUGCUUCUAUACCUAAUUCCAGCUGGAAUGCCGAAUCUGGAAAUUAUCAUGCAUGUUAUCGGCUCCGGAUAA